AUGGCCUCCGCUCUUCGUUGCAGCACCAAGCUGCGCACUGCUACUCGUGUGCCUGCUUUCCGUGCUCUCUCCACCACCGCUCGUCUCCGAGCAGCUGAGAAGCCUUUCUUCCCCAAUGAGCCAUCUGCCCCCUCACUCUUGACCGCCAUCCCUGGUCCCAAGAACAAGGCCGCUGCUGCUGAGCUCAAUGAAGUAUUCGAUGUCCGCAGUUUAAAUUUGCUGGCCGACUACACCAAUUCCAUUGGUAACUACAUUGUUGAUCUUGAUGGUAACCAAUUACUCGAUGUGUAUGCUCAGAUCGCCUCCAUCCCCGUUGGCUACAACAACCCCCACCUCAAGGAGGUCGCGGCCUCCCCGGAGAUGGUCACCAGCUUGAUCAACCGCCCUGCUCUGGGUAACUUCCCCUCUGCUGACUGGUCGCAUAUCCUGAAGACCGGUAUUUUAAAGGCCGCGCCCAAGGGCCUGAACCAGGUAUUCACCGCCAUGGCCGGUUCUGACGCCAACGAGACCGCCUACAAGGCUGCUUUCAUGUACUACCGCCAGCAGCAGCGUGGUGGUCCCGAUGUCGAGUUCACCGAGGAGGAGCUUAAGUCCACCAUGGAGAACAAGUCCCCCGGAUCUCCCCAGCUCUCUAUCCUGUCCUUCAAAUCUGCCUUCCACGGCCGCCUGUUCGGCUCCCUUUCUACCACUCGCAGCAAGCCUAUUCACAAGCUGGACAUCCCCUCUUUUGAUUGGCCCCAGGCCACCUUCCCCCAGCUGAAGUACCCUCUGGAGGAGCACGUCCAGGAGAACGCCGCCGAGGAAAAGCGCUGCUUGGAGGAGGUCGAGAGGCUCAUCAAGGAGUUCCACAACCCCGUUGCCGCCGUCAUUGUCGAGCCCAUCCAGUCUGAGGGUGGUGACAACCACGCCUCCCCCGCAUUCUUCCAGGGCCUGCGUGAUAUCACCAAGCGCACCAAUGUACUCUUCAUCGUUGACGAGGUGCAGACUGGUGUCGGUGCGACCGGAAAGUUCUGGGCCCACGACCACUGGAACCUCACCUCUCCCCCCGAUAUGGUCACCUUCUCCAAGAAGGCCCAGACUGCCGGUUACUACUACGGUAACUCUGCCCUGCGCCCCAACAAGCCUUACCGCCAGUUCAACACCUGGAUGGGUGACCCGUCCCGUGCUCUGAUCUUCCGCGGUAUCAUCGAGGAGGUUGAGCGUCUUAAUCUUGUUGAGCACACUGCCACCACCGGUGCCUACCUGUACGCCGGUCUUGAGCGCCUCGCCCAGAAGUACCCUACACACUUCCAGAACCUGCGUGGUAAGGGCCAAGGUACAUUCAUUGCCUGGGACACCCCCAAGCGUGACGAGUUCGUCGUGAAGGCGAAGUCCGUCGGUCUCAACAUCGGUGGUAGCGGUGCCAGCGCUGUGCGCCUGCGCCCCAUGCUGGUCUUCCAGAAGCACCACGCCGAUAUCCUGCUCGAGAGCCUCGAGAAGAUUAUCAACCUUUAA